UCCUCUCGCCGCCCCUUGCUUUGAUCCGCUACAUUCCCCGUCGUAUCGAUUCCUCUCUAUAAAUACACCUCGUUCGCCACCUCAUCAUCAUCUUCAUCCCUAAACUCACUCUCUUUUCCUCGAUCUUGAUCUCUCGAAGCUCGAAGUUCUCAUCCAUGGCGGCGGCGAAGCUAGGGCGCGUGCCGAGCAUCCGGGAGAGGGUGGAGGACACCCUCUCAGCUCACCGCAACGACCUCGUCUCUCUCCUCUCUAGGUAUAUGGGUGAAGGGAAGGGGAUUCUUCAGCCUCAUCAUCUUCUUGAUGGCCUUGCCACUGUCAUUGGCACCGAUGAUGAUCGCAAGCUCGCUGAUGAUCCUUUCUUCGACGUUCUCAAGUCCGCGCAGGAAGCUAUUGUUUUACCGCCGUUUGUGGCGAUCGCUGUCCGGCCGAGGCCUGGGGUUUGGGAGUAUGUGCGUGUGAAUGUUCAUGAGCUCAACGUGGAGCAGCUCAGCGUGGCGGAGUACUUGCGUUUCAAAGAAGAGCUCGUCGGCCACUUUAAUGAUAACUACCCCUUGGAACUUGAUUUCGAGCCCUUCAAUGCCAACUUCCCACGGCCAAAUCGUUCUUCUUCGAUUGGGAAUGGGGUUCAGUUCCUAAACAGGCAUCUUUCAUCCAUAAUGUUUCGGAACAAGGAGUCCUUGGAGCCCCUUCUCAACUUCCUCCGAGCACACAAGUACAAGGGGCAUGUGAUGAUGCUGAAUGAUCGCAUACAAAGCAUCUCACGGCUUCAGUCCGCUCUGGCCAAGGCUGAGGAGUAUUUGUCAAAGCUCCCUGCUGAUACACCUUUCUCAGAAUUUGCUUACAAGUUCCAAGAGAUGGGGUUGGAGAAAGGCUGGGGUGAUACUUCUGAACGUGUGUUGGAGAUGAUUCAUCUUCUCCUUGACAUUCUUCAAGCUCCUGAUCCAUCUACUUUGGAGACAUUCCUAGGCAGGAUUCCUAUGGUAUUCAAUGUUGUGAUUGUUUCUCCGCAUGGCUACUUUGGCCAAGCUAAUGUCUUGGGGCUUCCAGACACAGGAGGGCAGGUAGUCUACAUAUUGGACCAAGUACGUGCUCUCGAGAGUGAGAUGCUUUUGAGAAUUAAGAAACAAGGCCUAAAUGUUGAUCCUAGAAUUCUUAUUGUUACUAGGUUGAUACCAGAUGCAAAAGGGACAACUUGCAAUCAGCGGCUGGAAAGAGUAACCGGCACAGAGCACACCCAUAUCCUGAGGGUGCCAUUUAGAACUGAAAAAGGCAUUCUUCGAAAAUGGAUUUCAAGGUUUGAUGUAUGGCCUUACUUGGAGACCUUUGCAGUGGAUGCUGCAAGUGAGAUCGCUGCAGAAUUACACGGCAUCCCAGACCUAAUAAUUGGCAAUUAUAGUGAUGGCAAUCUUGUUGCAUCUCUGUUAUCUUAUAAACUGGGAAUUACCCAGUGUAAUAUUGCACAUGCACUGGAGAAAACAAAGUAUCCAGAUUCAGACAUAUAUUGGGAGAACUAUGAGGAUAAGUACCAUUUUUCAUGCCAGUUCACUGCUGAUCUAAUGGCCAUGAACCAUGCAGAUUUUAUAAUUACUAGUACCUACCAGGAGAUUGCUGGAAGCAAAAAUACAGUCGGACAGUAUGAGAGCCAUACUGCUUUCACUCUUCCUGGUCUGUACAGGGUAGUGCAUGGUAUCGAUGUUUUUGAUCCCAAGUUCAAUAUAGUCUCCCCUGGAGCAGAUAUGUGUAUAUACUUCCCUUAUUCAGAAAAGGAGAAAAGGCUUACUUCCUUCCAUGGUUCAAUUGAAAAGCUAUUGUAUGAUCCAGAGCAAAGUGAGGAGCAUGUUGGGUGGCUGGAUGACCGUUCAAAACCCAUCAUUUUCUCCAUGGCAAGACUGGACCGAGUGAAGAACAUUACAGGACUGGUUGAAUCGUUUGGUAAAAACACUCAGCUAAGGGAGUUGGCCAACCUGGUGGUGGUUGCUGGUUACAAUGACGUGAAGAAGUCCAAUGAUAGGGAGGAAAUUCAAGAGAUUGAUAAGAUGCACCAACUCAUAAAGACUUAUAAUUUGUUUGGGCAAUUCCGUUGGAUUUCUGCUCAGACGAACAGAGCCCGCAAUGGUGAGCUGUAUCGCUACAUAGCUGAUACCAGAGGUAUUUUUGUGCAGCCUGCCUUUUAUGAAGCAUUUGGACUCACAGUCGUGGAGGCCAUGACCUGUGGCCUUCCAACAUUUGCCACGUGCCACGGAGGUCCUGCAGAAAUCAUUGAGCAUGGAAUUUCUGGCUUUCAUAUCGACCCAUAUCAUCCUGAUCAAGCAGCAGGAAUAAUGGUUGAAUUUUUUGAACAAUGCAAAAAAGACUCGAGCUAUUGGAAUAAAAUAUCUGAAGGUGGACUCUGUCGAAUCUUCGAGAGGUACACAUGGAAGAUCUAUUCUGAAAGGCUCAUGACUCUUGCUGGGGUCUAUCGCUUUUGGAAGUAUGUUUCAAAGCUUGAAAGGCGUGAGACUCGCCGAUAUCUGGAGAUGUUUUACAUCUUAAAGUUUCGGAAUCUGGUGAAGUCUGUUCCACUUGCGGUGGAUGAUCACUAAUGCCAUAUAUAACCUGCAAAACAAUGCAAGGUAUUACCGGGUAGACCAAUGAUGGUUUGUUUGACGAAUAAAACCCCGGCAGUCCCCGGCAGGUAUGCCUAUACCUUCUUUAUGGUAUAAUUGUAUAAAUGAACCUUCAUGUAAAGUUGACUGAAUAUCGUCGAGAUGUUCGAGCAAACUCUUCUGCUCCUAAUAGCCCUAGGCCCUUUAUUGUGUGUUUCUGAAACCAUGUUUGGGGGUUUCUGAUAUAAGGGCCUUUGCUCAGCUACCUUUGAUGCAUGUGGUAGCUGGUUUGACUGCUUGCUUUAUGUGAAUAAUAUGGUUUUAUAAAAUAAUGUUUGGAAUAUGGUUUAUAACUCUUA